CAAACAUGCCGCAAGUGUCGUAACGUCUUUGAUUUCUCCCGUACGAAUUUACUCAUUUACUUGCAGGCGAAGAACAGUGCCAGCAUAUGCCUUCGAAAGUUUUAUCCUCCAUUAUUAUUAUUAAAUUUCUCCCCGAUCCAUAUUCCCUUUCGCGAUUAGGAAGAUAAAGAGAAUAUCAAGAGAAUAUUGCUAACAAAAAUCUAAGAAAAAAGCGACAAAUCAAGAUCGAAACUUUUCUCAGGUCAGCGGUGGUCCACAUUCCACGCACCUCUCUUGUUCCAAUUCCCCUUUCCAAUACCAAUUUACAUGCGAAAACUUGUAAUCUCGUUUCGUAAUCUGCACUGAAAUCCAGGAAUUUGUCCACCUCCAGUUGACACUUCAGUUUCUGAUAAGCUGGUCCAAGGACACCUCAAACCAACGAACUAAAACGUCCACAUGCUGACUGCGCUGUGACUUUAAAUGGGGGCUUCAAAUUCCAGAGUGGAGGACGACAAGGGUCUGCAGCUAUGCCGUGCCCGGAAGAAAUUCAUCAAACAAGCCCUCAACGGCAGGUGUUCCCUGGCCGCGGCUCACAUUGCCUACAUAAACGAGCUCACAAUUAUUGGGGCCGCGCUUAAAAAAUUUGUCGAGGCCGAUUCUAAUUCUGAGCCCCACCCUUACCCAUCCUCGGGCCCACGUGCCCUAACCGAGAAAUCUGUCUCCCAUGUUUCGUCUUCCUCACGGUCCUUCUCCCAAAUUGCCGAGCCAACAAAUGUCCUUAAUACCCCCCCUCCCCCUUCGACCCCUCCCUCAAGCAAUUUCCACUCCCAUCACAUGAGAUUUCGAAGCCCGUUCUCGAAAAAAGUCGAGGAGAGGCCUCCCGAGCCUGUCAUGGUCUCGGUCUCGUCAAAUACUCCUCCGUAUGCAUCCCCGCGGUCCACCGGUGCACCUGAGCCGUCUUCCUUCGAAACGCCGUGGGAUUAUUUCGGCCUUUUUCAGCCGGUGGACAAUCAUUUUUCUUCCCAAGAGGCUCCGGAAUUAGAGGAUAAUAACAUGGACGAGAAGGUAUUAUCGUCGAGCUCUUCGGAGGAUGAAUUUGACGAGCCCUCAUCAGCCACGCUCGUCCGGAGUUUCAAAAACUUGAACAGGGAGAAGGAGAAUGGCGUCGAUGGCAAUUCAUCAUCUCCUGUGGUUUUGGAGAGUCGUGCCUUGGAGACGAAGUUUUCGGGAUUCGAGAGUGGUGAGGAAGUAAAAGAUGACGGGGAUUUACUGGCUAGGUCGCCGGGGAAGAUAGAACCGGAGACGAAUUCUGCGAAUGGGGUAAAAAAAAAAAGUUCUCCUGAUUUGUCACCGCUGAGGUCAGCAUCGUCGAGGUUUGCGUAUUUGAAUGAUGUGAAGAUGAUGCCGAUGGAGAAGAGUCAGGUGGAGGAGAAGGUUGCGCCCAAGGACUUUGUUUCGAGCAUCAAGGAUAUCGAGCAGCUUUUUGAGAAAGCGUCUGAAUCGGGGAAAGAGGUUCCUCGGAUGCUGGAAGCGAAUAAAUUCCAUUUUCGUCCUGUUUUUCGUGGAGAACGUGGAUCAGUUACCUCAUCAUUGCUAAAAUCUUGUUUCUCUUGCGGGGAUGACCCAAACGAGGCUCGACAAGAGCCGCCACAAAACUCUGUCAAGUACCUAACUUGGCAUAGGACGACAUCUUUUCGGUCUGGUUCGUCUAGGAAUCUUCUAAGUGCAAAUUCCACCAAUAGUGCUGAUGAUCUUGCGAACAAUCUUUUUGACAACUCAUGUAUGGUCUCGGGAAGUCAUGCAUCAACCUUAGAUAGGCUAUAUGCAUGGGAGAAGAAGCUUUACGAUGAAGUUAAGUCUGGUCAGGUGCUUAGGAGUCAUUUUGAUCACAAGUGCAAGCUGCUUAGACAGCAAGAAUCACGAGGAGAGAACACCGACAAGACUCGUGCUGUGGUCAAAGACCUACACUCCAGAAUAGGAGUCGCUAUCCACAGAAUCAACUCCAUCUCCAAAAAAAUUGAAGAAAUUCGAGACAAAGAACUUCAGCCACAACUCGAGGAGUUAAUCGAAGGAUUAAGGAAGAUGUGGGAACAGAUGCUCGAAUGCCACACUCUCCAAUUCCACGUCAUCACCAUAUCCCACUCGCCAGCUGGCCCCAGGCUCACCGCAGUACAAUCCGAGUCCCGAAAGCAAUUCACGGUCCUCCUCGCCAGCUCACUGAGUUCCUUCUCGUCCGCAUUUUCGAAAUGGGUCGAGGCCCAGAAGCUGUACGUUGAGUCCAUUGAGAAGUGGCUCUUCAAGUGCGUCUCUCUUCCUCAGACGACCUCGAAACGCAACAAGCGAAUGAAGCCACCGCCUUUGAGAAACUUGGGCCCGCCAAUUUACACCAUAUGUGGGGCCUGGCUUGAGGCCAUUGACAAACUGCCGGCAAAAGGGGUGGUUGACUCGGUCAAAGACCUGGCCCAUGAGGUGGCCCGUUUUCUGCCUCGUCAGGAAAAGAAUCAGAAUCAGAAUCAGAAUCAGGAUGAAGGUCUGAGUAUGCUGAGGGAGGAAGUUAGUUCGGAGGAUUGGGUGCCAGUUAUGGACCGGUUUCAAACGGGUUUGACCCGUUUUCUCGGGCAGCUGAACGAUUUUGCGGGCUCGUCGGUUAAGAUGUUUGAGGAACUGGAGGAGGCCAUCAAGCAGGCCAAGAGUAACUACGAACAGUACAAGUCGCAACAAGGGGUUUAGUUUAGUUGAAUUUAAAUGGUUUUGGUGGGAAGGGGAUUAAUUGGUUUGGUGAGGAAUAAAGAAAGAUUAUACGUAUAGGUAUACGGAGAACAGUAGAAUCGUGGGGCGUAUUUUUUUUUUUUCUGUUCAUGGGGUUGAAUAAAAUGCGGGUCGAUUAUUGGAUCCGAGUUUGCUUGAGAAAAAGGGACACUGCUGUAGUAGGUGUUGGUUUAUAUAUAGUGAGCUUUGUUAUGAACAUGGUUUUGUGUAAAGCUGCAGAAUGUGUUUUUUUGUAAGAAUUUUGAUUAGGGCAAGCAAUGUUGGUGUGCAAGACAUCACCUAAUACUCAUUUUAACAUUUCUAUAGAUGAAAAGAGAAUAAACUUG